AUGGCGCGAAUGCUUCGCAGCAGAGCGGUUGCGUCACCGAAGACGAGUGACGCCGCACAGCCUGACAAGACCCCCAAGGGCAAGAGAAAGGCCGCUGAACAAGCUUCCCCCGUCGUACUGAAAAAGCAGAAAUCCACCAAGAAGGAGGCUGUUGAGACCAAGUCAUCCAAGACCAAGUCACCCAAGGCGCCAAAGGCGACAAAGGCCAAGCCUGAGGAGAAAGAAAAGAAAGAAGAUGUGAUUGAGAUGGACGAAGGUUCUGAGUCUGAGGGACAAGAUGAUGAGGAAAACCUGCAGGUUUUGGCCGUCAACAUUGACCCGGAAGACGAGGCCGCAGUGAACGAAGAAGAAUUCCAGCCCGGCCAGGACGUUGGCAAGAUCCCCAAGGUCUCGAAGGAUGUUCAGAAGUCGAUCAAGGCUUCAAAGGAAGAGCCCGGCGUUGUCUACAUUGGCCGAAUACCCCAUGGUUUCUACGAAUACGAAAUGAAGCAAUACCUGUCUCAAUUCGGCCCCAUCUCCCGACUGCGCCUCUCGCGUAACAAGAAGACUGGUGCCAGCAAGCACUUUGCCUUUGUCGAAUUUACCGAGGCUAGCACUGCCGAGAUUGUCUCAAAGACCAUGGACAACUAUCUGCUGUUUGGACAUAUUUUGAAAUGCAAGAUUCUCUCCAAGGAGCAGGUACACGACGACCUGUUCAAGGGAGCCAACAGAAGAUUCAAGAAGGUGCCAUGGAAUAAGAUGGCCGGCAUCCAGUUGGAAAAGCCUCUUACCGAGUCGACCUGGGAAGCCAAGGUUGCAAAGGAGCGAGAUAACCGGGCAAAGAAGGCUGCCAAGCUCAAGGAGCUGGGGUAUGAUUUUGAGGCCCCAGAGCUCAAGAAGGUCCCAGCACCCGGCGCCUCAGCGAUCGAGAAUGGCGAGGAAGCCAAGGCAAUUGAGGCUGCUCCGGAGGUAGCCCCAGAGGAAGAAAAGCCGACUGAGGAGACGGAGGCGGCAGCGGAUUCAGCAGAGAAGGCUUCGACCCCGGCGAAGACAAAGUCGGCUGCGACGCCCAAGAAGGCAACCAAGGCCAAGACUGCCAAGUCGACGACACCUAGGACAAGGAAGACCAAGGCUUAACUCUCUUGAUUGGCGAUUGUUAUACAUAUAUUUGUUUUACACCCGGCAGGUUCAUUACGGCGCAGUGGUCUAAUAAAAUACAAGUGCACUUUU